UUCAGCUAAGGUAGGGAGGGAGUCUGUGAGCCGCUGCCAGGAGCCGAGGAGAGCGGGGCAAGCUCGGAGUCCGCGCCAUGGAUGCAGUGACCUUUGAGGACGUACAUGUGAACUUCUCUCAGGAAGAGUGGGCAUUGCUAGAUCCCUCUCAGAAGAGUCUCUACAAAGAUGUGAUGCUGGAAACCUACUGGAACCUUAAUUUUACAGGACACAAAGGGGAAGACCACAGUAUUGAAGAACAUUGUCAAAGUUCUAGAAGACAUGUAAGGUAUAGCGGCUGUCCCCCUAGAUACAAGCCACAUGAUCUGAAGGAACAUGGAAAGCAGCAGUGUGCCACUCUCUUUCCCAGAACAAUUAGAAGAUAUGUGGUCAUUCCCACUAUGAGAAGACAAGAUGAAUGGGAUACAAGUUUACAAAUAAUUGGUUUUCCAGAUUCAGUGGGAAUACAUCAAAAUACUAACAUUGGAGAAAAGCCCUGUGAGUACAAGGAAUGUGAAAAAUCUUCUGUCUGCCCUGCCUCAUUUUGCACAUGUAUUGUGACUCCCACUAUAGAAAAAUGCUGUAAAUGCAAUCAGAGUGGAAAAGCUUUGAGUUCUUCCAGUUCUCUUCAAAGAAGUGAAAAAUCGCAUAUGGGAAAAGGAAGUGAUAAAUAUGAUCCAAGUAGUAAAAGCUUUAACCUUCACAGGUAUCUUGAAGAACACAAAGCAACCUAUAAUGAAGAGGGUCUCUAUGAAUGUAAUAAAUGUGAUAAAGCCUCUUUAGAAUUCCACCAAAGAACUCAUUUGGAAAUGAAAUCCUAUGACUGUAAACAAGAAGAUAAAGCCUUUAUAUGUCACAGCCAUCAUCAAGUGGAUAGAAGUAAUACUAGAGAGAAAAAGUAUAAAAAUCCUCAAUGUGGGAAAUCCUUUGCAUGUCCCACUUAUCCUCUCAUACAUGAAAGAACUCAUACUAGAGAGAAACCCUAUGAAUGUAAUCAGUGUGGUAAACUUUUUUCAUGUAACACUUCUCUUAAAAGGCAUGAAAGAACUCAUACUGGAGAGAAAUUGUAUGGCUGUAAUCAAUGUGGUAAAGCCUUUACAUGUCGCAGUUCUCUUCAAGUACAUGAAAGAAUUCACACUGGAGAGAAACCCUAUAAAUGUACACAAUGUGGUAAAACCUUUGCAUAUUACAAUAGUCUUCAAAUGCAUGAAAGAACUCAUACUGGAGAGAAACCCUAUGAAUGUACUCAGUGUGGAAAAACCUUUGCACGUAACUGUACUCUUCAUAUACAUAAAAGAAUUCAUACUCUUGAGAAACCCUAUGAAUGUUCUCAGUGUGGUAAAACCUUUGCAUAUCGCAGUACUCUAAAACUCCAUGAAAGAAUUCAUACCGGAGAGAAACCAUAUAAAUGUAAUCAGUGUGGUAAAGCCUUUGCAAGUAAUAGUAGUCUUUACAAGCAUGAAAAAAGUCAUUCUGGAGAAAAACCCUAUGAAUGUGAUCAAUGUGGUAAAGUGUUUGCAUAUUGCAAUAGUCUUCAAAUGCAUGAAAGAACCCAUUCUGGAGAGAAACCCUAUGAAUGUAGUCAGUGUGGAAAAGUGUAUUCAAGUAACAGUCAUCUUAAGAUGCAUGAAAGAAAUCAUAGUAGAAAGAAACCUUAUGCAUGUAAUCAGUGUGGUAAAGCUUUUCAAUGUCGCAGUGCUCUUCAAGUGCAUGAAAGAAUUCAUACUGGAGAGAAACCCUAUGAAUGUAAUCAGUGUGGUAAAACCUUUGCGUAUGGCAAUAGUCUUCAAAUUCAUGAAAGAACACAUACUGGAGAGAAACCCUAUGAAUGUGAUCAGUGUGGUAAAACCUUUGCAUAUUUCAGUAAUCUUCAACUCCAUGGAAGAACUCAUACUGGAGAAAAACCUUAUGAAUGUAAUCAAUGUGGUAAAGCCUUUGCAUAUAACCAUACUCUUCAAAUACAUGAAAGAAUUCAUACUGGAGAGAAGCCAUAUAAAUGUAAUGAGUGUGGUAAAGCCUUUGCAAGUAACAGUAGUCUUUACAACCAUGAAAGAAAUCAUACUGAAGAAAAACCCUAUGAAUGUAAUCAAUGUGGUAAGAUCUUUGCAGGUAAUAGUCAUCUUAAGAUGCAUAAAAGAACUCAUACAGGAGAGAAACCCUAUGAUUGCAAUGAAUGUGGUAAAGCAUUUGCAAGUCAUGGUAAUCUUCAAAUACAUAAAAGAAUUCAUACGGGAGAGAAACCCUAUGAAUGUAAUCAAUGCAGUAAAGCCUUUGCACAUUUCAGUACUCUUCGAAAACAUGAAAAAAAUCAUACUAGGGAAAAACCCUAUGAAUGUAAUUUCUGUGGUAAAGCCUUUGCAAGUCGCAUUUCUCUUCAAAUACACAAAAGAACUCAUACAGGAGAGAAACCCUAUGAUUGCAGUGAAUGUGGUAAAGCAUUUGCAUGUCGCAGUAAUCUUCAAAUACACAAAAGAACUCAUACAGGAGAGAAACCUUACGAUUGUAAUGAAUGUGGAAAAGCAUUUGCAUGUCGCAGUCAUCUUCAAAUACAUGAAAGAACUCACACUGGAGAGAAACCUUAUGGAUGUAAUCAGUGUGGUAAAGUCUUUGCACGUCGCAGUAGUCUUCAAAUGCAUGAAAGAAGUCAUACUGGAGAGAAACCUUAUGAAUGUAAUCACUGUGGUAAAGCCUUUGCAUAUAACAGUGAUCUUCACAGGCAUGAAAUAAUUCAUACUGGAGAGAAACCCUAUAUAUGUAAUCAGUGUGGCAAAGCCUUUGCACGUCGUAGAAGUCUUCGAAAUCAUGAAGAACAUCAUACUCUUGAGAAAUCGUAUGAGUGUAGUGUGUGUGGUAAAGCCUUUGCAUAUCACAGUAAUCUUUAUAUACAUGAAAGAACUCAUACUGGAGAGAAACCAUAUGAAUGUACUCAAUGUGGUAAAGCCUUUUCAUGUCGCAGUCAGCUUCAUAUACAUGAAAGAAGUCAUACUGGAGAGAAGCCCUAUAAAUGUAAUCAGUGUGGAAAAGCAUUUCUGCUUCGCAGUAGUCUUAAAAUUCAUGAAAGAACUCACACUGGAGAGAAACCUUAUAGAUGUACUCAGUGUGGUAGAGCCUUUGCACGUCACAGUAAUCUUCUGAUACAUGAAAGAAGUCAUAGUGGAGAGAGACCUUAUGAGUGUAAUCAAUGUGGUAAAACCUUUGCAAGUCGUAGUAGUCUUCGAAAUCAUGAAAAACAUCAUACUGUUGAAAAACCUCAUAAAUGUAAUCAGUGUGAUAAAACCUUUGCAUGCCGCAGCCAUCUUCAACUACAUAAAAGAAAUCAUACUGGAAAAAAACUCUAUGAGUGUAGUCAAUGUGGAAAACCCUUUGCAAGUCAUAGUUAUCUUCAAAUACACAGAAGAACUCAUACUGGAGAAAAACCAUAUGAAUGUAUUCAGUGCAGUAAAGCCUUUGCAUGUCGCAGUAAUCUUUAUAUACAUGAAAGAAGUCAUACUGGAGAGAAACCAUAUGAAUGUAGCCAAUGCGGUAAAGCCUUUGCAUAUUGGAGUAGUCUUCAUAAUCACAAAAAAUGUCAUACUGGAGAGAAACCUUAUGAAUGUAAUUGAUGCGGUAAAGCUUUGUCAUGUCAGUGUAAUCUUCAGACUAUCAAAGAAAAACACUAAGAAUGUAAUCAAUGUGAUAAUGCCUCUGCCUGUUACAUAUUUCCUCCAAGGCAUGAGAGAAUUUCUACUGGAGAGAAAUGCAUGAAUCUAAUAAAUGCAGUAAAUACACGAAGCACAUUUUUCUCACUGAGCCAUUUCAUUGGGCUCAUGUAAGAUUAGUAGAACCAUUUCAUCAUUAAAACAUUGUCUUUUGUUUUUUCAAAUUGUAUGCAAAUUGUUAUCCAAGGGUAAAAGAAUGCACAAUAAUUUGAGAAAUAAAACAUUUUCAA